AUGGAACCCGAGGACCUUGAAACUGCAAGCGAAAGGGAUUACAAUGCCAUGAACUCAGAUGAGAAUUCUAAAAAGGGAGCUCUUGAGGCUGUCCUAGAUUGGGAUGGCCCUACAGACCCUAAUAACCCACGGAACUUCAAAACGCCCAAGAAGGUCUUCAUUACAGCUUGUUUUGCAUCGCUAGUAUGUAUCUCCACCUUCAACUCAUCAGUGAUGAGUCCGCCAAGCGAGGACCUCAUGCAGGACUUCGGUAUAUCCAAAGAAGUUUCUGUUCUGGCAACAUCUCUAUUCGUUCUUGGCGUCGCUGUAGGACCGAUUAUUUUCGGCCCCGCCUCCGAGGUUUUAGGCCGGAAGUAUCCACUCAGUUUAGGUGUUUUCCUCUUCGCGAUCUUCAGCAUUCCCGUCGCUGUUUGCGAAGAAUGUCACUACCAUUUUUGUCUGCCGGUUCUUCUGCGGGACUUUCGGGGCUGCCCCACUAGCAAUUAUUUGUUCGAAAUUGGACACCCUACUCCGUGGCUGUAA